CUCUCCCCGCGGUCACAUGGUCCCGUUUUCUGCCGCGUGCGGCUUCGCGAGCUCUCGCAUCAUCAUCAUCAUCAUCAGAGCUGCUGCGCGCGCGCCCUGUUUGAACCACACAGAGCAGCGCGUGCAGCAGAUGACAGAGUCCUCGUGCGACGGACACACAUCAGAACAGCGCAAGACGCGAUCAUGGAAUAGAACCGGACCCGAGCUCUGUUGGGUUCUCCUCCGUGAAUGUACCGGGAUCAGGAUGACGACCACCGCCAUGGACACAAAUAACAACAACAACAACAACAACGACAGCAGUACAGGAGGUGUGAUCUCCUACGUGGGUUCCUGUGGAGGUUCUCCGACCAGAACCAGUCCGGUCUCCAUGUACAGCGAGAACUCCUCCUCCUCACUGACUCCGCCCUUCUUCAGCAGUGGCUCCAGUUCUGGUUCUGCCGGAGACGACGGUUCCUCGUCGGCCUCCUCCUCAUCUGGAGGUUCUCCUCGAGGCCGCGACGAUGGAGGAUCUCUGAGGACGUCGCCCAGCAAGUCUGUGGCCAGUCUGACCAAGCUGAAUGGGAUGGUGCUGCUCUGUAAGGUCUGUGGAGAUGUCGCCUCAGGUUUCCACUACGGAGUCCACGCCUGUGAAGGCUGCAAGGGUUUCUUCCGUCGCAGCAUCCAGCAGAACAUCCAGUACAAGAAAUGUCUGAAGAACGAGAGCUGCACCAUCAUGAGGAUCAACAGGAACCGUUGCCAGCAGUGUCGCUUCAAGAAGUGUCUGUCUGUGGGCAUGAGUCGAGACGCGGUUCGUUUCGGUCGGAUCCCGAAGCGUGAGAAGCAGCGGAUGUUGGCAGAGAUGCAGAGCGCCAUGAACAACAUGGUGAACAACCAGCUGCAGAGCGACUUCCAGCUCGCCAGCCUGUCGUCUUCAUCUUCAGCAUCUUCAUCCUCCUCUUGUUCUUCAUCCUCCUCGUCGCCAUGUCCCGGCGUCACCAUCGCCGCCCAGCGUCAGCCCCCUGCCCUCCCCCUCAUCCCCUCCUCCCCCUCCCCUCCGGCGUCGUCUUUCUCUUCCUCCCCCCCUCCCCCGCCCCCCCUCUGUCAGAGCCCCUGCCCCUCCUCCCCACCCGCAAUCUGUCAGAGCCCCGCCCCCUCCCCUCCACCCCCCAGCCCCGGUGUCGACUCCACCGUCGCCGCCAUCGCCCGCGCUCACCGUGAGACCUUCCUGUACGCCCACGACAAGCUGACCAAUCCCGCGCAGCAACAGAAUAACCACGCCCACCACCACAACGGGGAGGCGGAGCUUUGGGGGCCCAACCGCUGCCCCAAUGGUUAUCGUGCCAACGGCCUCAACACCAUCUAUCACCAUAACAACAACAACAACCUGGGCACCGGGUGCUACUUGUCACCAAACAACGAACGCAAUGUCAUGAACCAUCACCACGGCAGGGGGAGGCGGAUCCUGCAUAACACUAACCUGAUUGGAGGAGACAGGCUGGCCGAUCAUGUGACCCAGGAACAGAACUGUCCAAUGAAGAACCACAGGGGGAUUGUUCUGGCGUGUCCAAUGAACAUGCAGCCUCACGCUGACCCUCUGAGGAGCCCGCAGCAGAUCUGGGAGGACUUCUCGCUGUCCUUCACACCGGCCGUCAGGGAGGUGGUGGAGUUCGCCAAACACAUCCCAGGAUUCAGCGCUCUGCUGCAGAACGACCAGGUGACGCUGCUGAAGGCGGGAACCUUCGAGGUGCUGAUGGUGCGCUUUGCGACGCUGUUCAACGUGAAGGAGCAGACGGUGACGUUCAUCUCCGGCGCCACCUACAGUCUGGAGGAGCUGAAGGCGAUGGGCAUGAGCGAGCUGCUGGGAGCCAUGUUUGACUUCAGCCACAAGCUGGCGGCACUGGAGCUGAACGCCGAGGAGCUGGGCCUGUUCACCGCCGUGGUGCUGGUGUCCGCAGACCGGUCCGGGAUCGAGAACGUGGCGUCGGUGGAGCAGCUGCAGGAGAACCUGAUCAGAGCUCUGCGCCUGCUGGUCAACAAGUCAGCCGUCGCCCCUGGCAACAACCACCUCAACAUGGACUCGCCACGUUUCACCAAACUGCUGCUGAAGCUGCCCGACCUGCGCACGCUCAACAACAUGCACUCUGAGAAGCUGCUGUCCUUCCGCAUCGACGCCUGAUGACCUCACCGUGACAUCACCACGCUCGCCGGCCGCCGUGAUGUCGACACUGUAAAGACUGACACUGUUCAGCACACGGCUUUGCGCCAAAAUCAGAGUCUGCUCACAGAGCUGCUGCUCCAGAGUCUCCUGUUAAAGGAACAGUCGCUAAUAUUACAACCUCAAUGUUAGCUUAGCUCAAACACUGCUAGCCUAGCCUAGCUACACUGAUAAUUCCACAGGUAGAAAUAACUUUUACAGCAUAUUUCAUUGUGUGACUGAACUAAAAUGAUCUCAAAACUCAUCAUGUGUUCUGAUUGAAUACAGUAAAUAUGUCCUAUUUUUACUAUAUUUGUGGUUUAAUACGUUCUCUGCCUCUACUAAGACUGUCGUGCAGAUAAUUGCUGAAUCUUCAUCACUCGUCACAUACGUCACAAUCGUGUCUCCUUUACCUCCUCAUGUGCAGAAAACUUCCAUAAAUCUAUUAGAAACCAGAAUUAUUUACAAACUGACCAACUUUGGGAUCAAAUCUUUUUCUUUUAGCUGCGCUGAACUCACAGAUCUGCAGUUUUUAAAUUAAAUUCUGGUUUAUUUGCGGCGGCUCCUUUGACUCUGGAGGAAACGGGAAACGUCAGACUCUUCCAGACUGUUUGGGGAACAUCCAGAAACUUCCAAACAGACUCUGAUUGGCUGGAAGGGCCUCAGACUCCAACACCACCAGCCAAUCACACGCAGAAGCAGCAGCUCCAGCGACCAAUGAGACGCUGCGGUGCCUCAUACCAACGUUAUGCAGCAGAUCUUCUGUAUGAAACCUGUAAAUACUCAAAAACACAAAUAUCCAGCGAUACUUGAACUGUUGGGGACUGAGAUGUUUUCCGCAUCUUUAUUGUUUGUUAAUAUGAAAAUAUGCCUGUGCAGAUAUUAUGAGUGUAUCAGUGUUGCACCUGAUGGAAAUGAGACCUUCUGAUGUAUGUAUUUUAUUCUGUUUUAUGUUGUAAAGACAUUAUAUAAAUAUAUAAAUAUACACUGAAGAAUAA